CUGGUUUCACUUUCAUUUCCUGUAUUGAGACGUGGAAUCGAUAUCAGUGAAAUAAGAUGAAAUUUUGAAUAUUUUCCUUCAAAGGAUAACUGAUUGCACCCAAUCGUGCCACCAUGGUAAGUCGUCUCAGGUUGCAGUACUGCAAGAUAAUUCUGGCAACAUCACUCGUCUGGUUUCUUCUAGACGUUGUGCUGCUCAUGUACUUCACAGAUUGUGCCACACACUCUGCUGCUGACUGCAACAACAAUAAUAACAAUAAUGAGAAACCAGUCAAAAAAUCAGAAGAAUCAUUGUUGCAGAGGAUUUUGCCAAAAGGUUUGCUGGGUCGACCAAGCAUGCCAGGUGACAUGGGUAAACCGGUUCACAUUCCCUCUGAUAGACAAGAAGAGUCGAAAGAGAAAUUUAAAAUUCACCAAUUCAACUUGGUGGCUAGUGAUAUGAUGUCAUUUAAUCGCACACUGCCAGAUUACAGGAUACCAGGAUGUCGGAAUAAGAAGUACCCGCAGGUUUCACAACUGCCCGACACUAGUGUUGUGAUCGUUUUUCAUAACGAGGCGUGGUCUACGUUGCUGCGUACAGUACACAGUGUCAUUAAUAGGUCACCUCCAGAACUACUGAAUGAAAUCAUCCUUGUGGAUGAUGCUAGUGAACAUGAGGAAUUGAGAGAGCAGCUAGAUGCGUACUUGGAGAAGCUUUCAGUUCGGUGCUAUGUUGUAAGGAUGGGAGAGAGAACGGGGCUUAUCAGGGCACGAUUGAAAGGAGCUGCAAAGGCAAAGGGCAAAGUGAUAACCUUUCUGGAUGCACAUUGUGAGGCCACUGAGGGCUGGUUGGAACCUCUCAUGACGGAGAUAUACCAUGACAGGACGUCGGUUGCGUGCCCCAUUAUCGACGUGAUCAGUGACGACUCGUUUGAGUAUAUCACAGGCUCUGAUAUGACAUGGGGCGGCUUUAACUGGAAACUUAACUUCCGUUGGUACCCGGUCCCACAGAGGGAGCUGGACAGACGUGGUGGGGACAGGUCCCAACCUGUCAGAACACCAACAAUGGCUGGGGGACUUUUUUCUAUCGACAGGGACUACUUUUAUGAGAUAGGUUCCUAUGACGAGGGUAUGGAUAUCUGGGGUGCAGAGAACCUUGAAAUGUCCUUUAGGGUGUGGAUGUGUGGUGGUAAGGUGCUGAUUGUCACCUGCUCCAGGGUGGGGCAUGUAUUCCGGAAGACCUCGCCCUACUCCUGGCCUGGGGGUGUUGCUAGAAUCAUCAACCAUAACACCCAGAGAAUUGUUGAGGUCUGGAUGGACGAAUAUAAGGCUUUCUUCUAUAAAAUCAACCCAAGUGUGAAGAAUACAGACUAUGGUGAUGUAUCGGCAAGAAAAGACUUCAGAGAACAGAAGAAGUGCAAGAGUUUCCGCUGGUACCUUGAGAAUAUAUACCCAGAAUCUCAGAUGCCUGUUGAAUAUUAUUCAUUAGGGGAGAUUAAAAACAAAGAGAUAGGUGCCUGCUUGGACAGUAUGGGUCGGAAGAGUGGGGAGAAAAUUGGCCUAGUUCAUUGUCAUGGAAUGGGUGGAAACCAGAUCUUUUCAUAUACAAGUAAGCAAGCCUUACAAACAGAUGAUGUCUGUCUAGAUGUAUCGGCAAUGGGAGGCCCAGUUAAACUGUUUCAAUGUCACGGACUAGGUGGCAACCAGAAAUGGGAGUUUAAUAAGGAGACCAAUGAGUUGCGACAUGUCAACAGUAAUCAGUGUUUAGGAAAGUCCACAUCUCAAGAUAAAGAAUCUCCUUCUAUAGGUCCAUGUGAUGGUUCAGAGGGACAGAAAUGGGUAUUUUCAGACAUGAAAAUGUAAAGUGUGACACUUAUAGACUCACAGGAGCCAAGUGGUCGAAAUUAGCACAAGCCUACAAGCACUGCACAGCUGGUGAAAUGUUUCCAGGCCUUGCUGAAGUCUCCAUGGCAGGGCGUGUUCAGAUUUUAGAUUCUCUAAACAAAGCAGUAGUGUUUGAAUUCGGGCUUGUUGAUUCAAAAGACUAAUUUUGAUGAAUGCUUACUAGGACUUCUUGUUUCUAUAAUAGAGCUAAUAGAAUAGCUAAAGUGUGAUAUUUAUAAGACUUAACCAAAAUGCAAGUGUGAUAUGUGGCAAUACUUGUAGAAGAAUGAUAUGGGGAUGUGGAUUUCCAUUUCUAUGUGCAAGUGUGGUACAGAAUAAUUCAAACAAAAAUGUCAAAUGGCUUUAAAAAAAGAAGUGUUUCACAAAACAAUUAUUGAGCCGAUCUUUUCAGAAAAGAAUGCUUAUUUCUAUCAGACAGCUGUUUGCUUAUUUUUACAUACUAUUGGUAAUUAGAUGGUGGUUGUAAAUGGAUCAAACUUAACAUGAUUUAUAUUGCUUGUAUAUCAGAUGUUGAUAUCCAUGUAGCAUAGUUGAGUGGCCGUUAUAACUAUUUCAAGGGCUUAGUGCAAGAUUGUUGUAACACUUUCUAUUUCUAUAUCAAGUUACAACUGUCUUGCAUUAAACCUGUGAUUUUAGACAAGCAAUGACCAGAUAGACUCCCUGAUAUAUGACAAGGAAAGAUUUGGGGAAAAAGCAAGUUUUGCAUGUUGACAUUUUGAUACAUUUUUAUUAUCGAAGUAAAAUAUUCGGAUGUAUUUGCAAUAAUGAUUCUUAAUUUCCACCUUAUAAAAACAAUCAUAGAACAGACUUUUAUGAAAAUGAUGACCCGGCAUAAAGGACUUCCCCACUGUACUGAAGGGACAAGGCUUCCACAGAUUAACGCUGUUAUCAUUCCGUUUGAUAUGUAAGAAAAGAUUCUAAUGUAUGGCCCUUUUACUAAGGUCAUGGACAUUUUUCAUGGAAUUACUACCAAUUUUGGCAUUGUUACAUGUAGUGAUACAGCGAGACAAAACAUCUGUGCCAUUAUUAUGGAUGAUUAUAUUGUAAGCUUAAUAAGUUUUAUUGAUAUAUUUUCUUACAUGUGUAGGGUGAUAUAACCAGAUUUUAAUAGCUUCUAAGUACUUUGUUUGGCUGUUGAAACGUUAAAUUAAGUCUUGAUUUGAAUGGUCUAGUCUAAGGAAUGUAUACAUAUAUGCUUGUGAUUUUAGGAGCAUUUUUCAUUGAGCUCUAUCCAUAGCUUUUAGGGCUUUUGGGGUUUGUAUGUUUUUUUUGAGUUCUGUAAUUUUAUCGUAUGUUGGUAAUUUAUAUGCGAACGGUAUUUGCAUUGAGAAUUUAAUGUUGAUAUUGUAAAUAUCUUCAUGUUAAAUUAAGUGUAGUAUUUUUGAUAAGUGCUGAAUAUUUUUUUUAAAUAUUUCUGCCGAGAGGGAAUAUUAUAUAAUUUAUUGUAGUAUUUAAUUGUUUCCUGUUGUUGUUGGUAUACAUUAAUUUUGUAUAUACAUGUAGAUGAUAAUUAUGCAUUUUCAUCUUGGAUCUUUUUUGGUAAAUUUUAUUUGUAACUGUGUUAGUGGGAUUAUAAGCAGAACAUUACCAUAUGGAGUAUAUGUGACACAUAUUAUAUGUAAUUAUAUAAUGAUUAUGUAUAGUUUAUAUUAUUCCUAAAUUGGCUUUUUAACAUUUAAUAAUUUAUUCUUAACAAUGCCUAUAAAGCAUAGCAAGAAUUUUAUUCUUCAAAAGUAAUUUUCUAUUGCAAUUUUCUUGGUGCAAAGUUCUGUAUAACAUCUUUAGUGUUUGAUUCUAUCAAAAUCUUACAAUUCUGGACUUCACUUACAUACAUGUAUAUAUAUGUUACUGGCAGUUAUAUGAUUAAUUAUGUUUAUUGUUUACAACAUUGUACCACCGAUUUCCCCAAUACUGCUGAAUCUGUAUGAAUUUUAAUUAAUCGGAUGGCUGUUGGGAAUGCAAGCAUAUAGAGAUUUUAAAAUGAACGCUUCAACAUAUUUGUACUUUCUAAUAUAUCAGAGACAUUGAGAAACAAGAUGUGUAUGUGAACUUAAGUAUGUGUAGGUACACAUAGAUAAAUGAUGCUGUUUAGUUUAAAAGUCACUUUAAACUUGUACUUGUCCACUCUCUGUUUUCCCGUAAAUCACUAUUAUCGAGUCAUGUCAUUCCAAACUUGUACAAUGUACAUAUACCUGGAUGAACUACUGCACAGAAGGAAGUCCACGUGUACACAUCCCUGGAUGACAUAGUGCACAGAAAGUAGUCCAAAAGUACACAUGCCUGGAUGACAUAGUGCACAAAAAGUAGUCCACUCGUACACAUACCUGGAUGAUGUAGUGCACAGGAAGUAGUCCACAUGUACACCUGACUAGAUGACAUAGACCACAGAAAGUGGUCUAUAUGAAUUAUUGCCUGUACAAGUAGUGUUGUUUUUGCAUAGUCUUUUGACUGAGUUAUCUUUGCCAUAUUAGCAGAUCCUAUAAUACUGAUGACAGUCAGCUCUUCUAUCUAUGACACUUACCCAUUGAAAUUGCUGAAUUUAUUUUGUGUUGUGUUAUUGAAAAAUGUAUCCUAUAAAAUUCUGUUGACUUUGAAAGACAACUGCUUAUUUCCGUAUAAGUUAUAUUUUUAUUAAUCUAACAUAUCAGAGCUGUAUUAAAUAUUAUACUAGUAACCAAUAUGUAAUAAUGUUACUUUUUCCGUCUAAUUUAAUCGAAACAGACUCUGAUAUAUAUAUCAGUUUCAUUCAAUAAGGAGUCUCUAAUUGUUUAUACAUUCCACUUUAGUGUCUGAAAUUAUAAUGCUCUGUCUGCAUGGGAAUUUGCUGUAUGAUUGCUGUAUGCGCAGCAGAUGAUUGCCGUAUGCGCAACAGUUGAUUGCGGUAUGCGCAACAGAUAAUUGCCGUAUGCGCUACAGUUGAUUGCCGUAUGUGAAACAGUUGAUUGCCGUAUGCGCUACAGUUGAUUGCCGUAUGCGCAACAGUUGAUUGCCAUAUGCGCAACAGAUAAUUGCUGUAUGUGUAACAGUUAAUUGCCGUAUGCGCAACAGUUGAUUUCCGUAUGCGCAACAGAUAAUUGCCGUAUGCGCAACAGUUGAUUGCCGUAUGCGAAACAGUUGAUUGCCGUAUGCGAAACAGAUAAUUGCCGUAUGCAUGACAGUUGAUUGCUGUAUGUGGAACAGUUGAUAGCCGUAUGCGCAACAGCUGAUUGUUGUAUGCGUGACAGUUGAUUGCUGUAUGUGAAACAGUUGAUUGCCGUAUGCGCAACAGUUGAUUGCCGUAUGCGCAACAGUUGAUUGCCGUAUGCGCAACUUAUAAUUGCCGUAUGCACAACAGUUGAAUGCCGUAUGCGCAACAGUUGGUUGCCAUAUGCGCAACAGAUAAUUGCCGUAUGCAAAACAGAUAAUUGCCGUAUGCGCUACAGUUGAUUGCCGUAUCCGCAACAGUUGAUUGCCGUAUGUGCAACAGAUGAAUGAAGAUCAGAUUCAUGUCGUCAGUGUUAGUGUAUCCCAUUGGUGGAUUCAUUCCAGGAUUGGAUUAGUUGCCCCCAUUCAUCAUGGUUAGUUCUAUGAAAAUAUAGGUAUUGUUAGGUUUCAUAUUUAAUUUUUAUCAUAUAGUGUCAGAAUAGUUGCAAAGCUAAUGGAGGGAAAAUGCGUUAACUAUUUAAUUUAUUCUUUGUUUAUUAUAGUUCAAUUAUUAAUUCAAUUAUUAUUGCUUGACAUCUAAGAAAUCAAUUCACAUCUUUUGCUAUACUGUAAUGUUGUUUCUUAGUCUUCCGUUUUAUUCUUCUCAGUAAUUCAGCUUUAUUCAUUAGUCAAAGAAAUGUUAUUAAGUAAAAAUGAUGCAAGUUAAGGGUUUAAGCCAGGUUUACAAAUGGACAGGGUGCUGCAGAAAAAAAACAGGGUGCUCACAUUGUAUCCGACUGAAUUCAAUUUGGUACAUAAGGAAUUGAUAGAAAAUGUUAAAUGUUUAAUUGGGGUGAUAUUAGGGUUAGGUGUUUUAUUUUAGGUAUAUUAGAUAUCAUGUGUCGUGUAAAUGAGUGUUGAUUUCAGUUUGGCUAUACCUUAUAUAACUUUCACUUUUGAACUAAGUCUUGGAAAACCUACUUAAAGCUGCAUCCUCACAGAUUGACUGUUUUGACAACGUUUUAUUCUUUCGCUUUGGAAUCAGCCAAUCAUUGCAUAAAUGUCUGGAAAGCAGUUAUAUAAGACUGCGGACGAUGGAUUAAUCAUCAAGGUUUUCAUAUUUACGUUCAAAAAUUUAUGUUUUAUGCUGAAAAACUCAUUUUUCUUAAUGCGUUAGUAACGCUUUUAGGCAUAAAUUAUUAAAUUUUAAACGUAAUUAUUAAAAUUGGAUCUGUUCUUUUGACAGGAGUCUUAUAUCACUGGUUUCCAGACAUUUACACAAAAAUUGGUACAUUACAAGACAAAAAAAUAAAAAAAAUGUUGCCAAACGUUCAAUCUGUGAGAGUGCAACUUUAAAAUCAAUUUAUUGUUUGAGUUAGCUCUCUUCAGUGAACUUACAGAUCCUGUAUGUUCUGUGAUAUCUUAUAUAAUUAAUUGUAAACUUGUAAUGAUACAUAUAGUUUUAGCUUUACUGUAUCUUGCCAGGAUAAUUUACAGUGUGAAUGGGUUAUCUGCAUUUAAACAUUAUUUUAGACCAUGAACACAUAGAUUACUUUAAAGAAAAUAUUUUUCUGUUAAAAACACUUUCUACCUCCUGCGUUGAAAUCCACCAGCCUGUUGCAAAACUGGUGUCCAUCUGUAAAUUGAGAUAUUUAAUUUAGUCUGGCAGUUAUCUCUCUGUUACUGAAAUACAGGAUUUUAAAUAAACAGCAGAAUUUGACAAAAUGAAGCAAACAUCAUUCAGAAAUAUUAAUAUUUUUUUAUAAUUGAUGCAUUUCACAAUGCUUUCAGAUUGGUUAACUUGGAUAGUAUUUAAAUAGUACAUUACUGUUAACGUUAAUCGCAAGGUGAUAAUGAUUUCUUUCAUUUAUUCCACAUUGUUUUCGACUAUUAUACUGUAAAAAGCUCCAUUCAAACAGAUAUAUAGCACAAUAACGAAAAAAUAACACUUUCUGACUAAGAUUCGUUCUGAAAAGAGCCCCCUAUACACUAAUAUAGCCAAAUAUUAGUUUGGUACUAAGUGUUUUGUGUUCAGCAGGUGAUAUACUUAAAAUGAUAUAAACAAACGAGUGUUUUGGAUUUCAAAGAUUGUGUCACAUUUUAGGAUGAUGGUUAAAAGAGCUGUCAUACGGUUUAUGACAGUUGAAUGCCUUAAUGAAUGUUGGAGGUUACAUUUUGUUUGUCUUAAUGAAUAAAAUUUGUAUGUGUCUAUGUGAGUGUGUAAGUCAACAAGCUGUUCAAUUGUUACAUCAUUAUUGUAUCGAGUUUGAAUCAUCAAACUUACUGUGUAUAUGCAAUUUAUUAGAUGUUAGUACAACAAUUUAUCUGUUAAAUUUCUGUGACUGAAUGUUGUUAUUGACCUCAAAAUUAUCAAGUGUUGUCUUCUAUAGAUAUAUUGUAUAUAUACAAAUAUGUGUGUAUAAUUUGUGUACAUUUUAAAGUGCAUGUGGGGUUCAAUGAUUAUGUAAAACAUCUUCAAUCUUUAGUAGUAGGUUGGGUAAACUUGUACAUUGAGGGCUGAAAAGUGGGUGAGAGUGGUCUAGUGGUAUAGGUGUUCGACUUUCAACCAAGAGGUUGUGGUUUCGAUCCCCACCAGGGGUAUUUUCUCGUGGCCUCUCAAAAUGGACAACAGUACCGGUUUCUACCCAGGAAACGGACUCAAGAGUGAUUCUAUUAGCCAUCAGCUUUUGUCACAAUCAAGCUAAAAAGAAAUAAGUUUAAACUAAGGGUUGAAGUAGGACUGUCAUGACUUUUAAUAAGGAUGCCAAUAUAAUAUUUUUGCUUUCGCAACUUGGAGUGUUCAUGUUGUCCAAUUUAAAAAUGCUGUGUGGAGGACACUUCAUAAAACUUCUUUUUUACUGAUGUGUUUGACAUAAUUUAGAGAUGACUUAAGUUGUUAUAGAUAUGCAAUGUACAGUCAUGCCUGGUCAACGUUACACUCCGAUGUCCGCUUGUUUCCAUCUCCUGUAUAUGUCUGCCUGUCUGGUUAAUGUCUUGCUGGAAUAUCUGCUGUAUAUGACUUGUUUAAGUAAAUUUUCAUCCAUUGUUAUCAUACCUGGUCGACGUUUAAAUAUCGCCUCGAGUUAACGGGUGCAUUAUUCUUAUGCGUGGUCAACCAUGCUCUUAAAUAUCGCCUCGAGUUAAUGCAACGCACUCAUGCCUGGAUAACUUCCUUCUUGAAUAUCGGCUGUGUAACAUACACAUGCAUAUUUUAUCUCACACUUCAAUAUUAGUUGGAUAUAAUCAGUUCGAUAUAAACUCUAGCAGCAUAGACUGUCAAUGUUACUCUCAAACAUACACUUGAUUUUAUCUCAUUUACUUACACAUAUCUUAUUGCUAGUGUAAGCCUUCUUAGAAGUAGUUUGUACAUGUAGUUUAUCGCAUCCUCCCUAUUAGUGUUCAUUGCUUUUUUGGUCGUAUAUAUGUGAUAACUUCGGUAGAAAUUGUUAUAUAAUAAUUAUUAUAUAUCUUAUUUAAAGACACACAACUGAACGGUUGAAAGUGGUGAUUAGAUAGUCCUGUUGUGUCCGAAACUUAAAACCAUCUGCGCAAAAUAUUGUAAUCUUGUAUAACCAGGGCAUGUGCGUUUCCCAGGUGUGUUGAUGUCGAUUUUUUACUUAUGUACAAGAGAUCUAUUGUUGGUGUCUUUACUCCUGUUAAAAUAUUAUAUUAAAGAUGAUGCAAAUUAAAAUGAAAACAUA